AUGAAGGAGGAGAACCUGACCAGUGUGUCUGAGUUCCUCCUCCUGGGGCUUCCUAUCCGGCCAGCACAGCAGGACCUGUUUUUCACCCUGUUCCUGGGCAUGUACCUGACCACGGUGCUAGGGAACCUACUCAUCCUCCUGCUUAUUUGGCUGGACUCACGCCUCCACACCCCCAUGUACUUCUUUCUCAGUCACUUGGCCCUCACUGACAUCUCCUUUUCAUCUGUCAUUGUCCCCAAGAUGCUGAUAAACAUGCAGACUCAGCAUCUGUCCAUUUCUUAUUCAGAGUGUAUUUCACAGUUGUAUUUUUAUAUACUUUUUGGUUGUGCUGAUAAUCUCCUUCUUGUAGUGAUGGCAUAUGACAGAUAUGUGGCCAUCUGUCAUCCUCUACACUACACCAUCAUCGUGAGGAAAGGGCUGUGUGUUCUGCUGGUAACUGGCUCCUGGAUUCUCUCCUGUGGCAGUGCCCUCUUGCACACCCUGCUGCUGGCCAAGCUCAUGAGACCUGAGAACCUGAGCAGCGUGUCUGAGUUCUUCCUCCUGGGCCUCCCCAUCCGGCCAGAGCAGCAGGGAAUAUUCUUCGCCCUGUUCCUGGGCAUGUACCUAACCACGGUGCUAGGGAACCUCCUCAUCCUCUUGCUCAUCAGACUGGACUCUCACCUCCACACCCCCAUGUACUUUUUCCUCAGCCACUUGGCCCUCACUGACAUCUCUUUUUCAUCUGUCACUGUCCCUAAGAUGUUGGUGGAAAUGCAGACGAAGUACAAAUUGAUCCCCUAUGUGGAGUGCAUUUCUCAGAUGUAUUUUUUCAUAUUUUUUACUGACCUGGACAGCUUUCUUAUUAUGUCGAUGGCAUAUGACCGAUAUGUUGCCAUAUGUCACCCUCUCCGCUAUGCCACCAUCAUGAAGGAAGAGCUCUGUACCUUAUUAGUGGCUGUAUCCUGGAUUCUAUCUUGUGCCAGUUCCCUCUCCCACACCCUUCUCCUGACUCGGCUGUCCUUUUGUGCUGCGAAUGCCAUCUCCCACUUCUUCUGUGACCUCGCUGCCCUGCUCAAGCUGUCCUGCUCAGAUAUUUUCUUUAAUGAGCUGGUCAUGUUCACAGUAGGGGUGGUGGUCAUUACCCUGCCAUUCAUAUGUAUCCUGGUAUCUUAUGGCUACGUUGCAGCCACCAUCCUAAAGAUCCCUUCAAUCAAAGGAAUCUGCAAAGCACUGUCCACGUGUGGCUCUCAUCUUUCUGUGGUGGCUCUGUAUUAUGGGACAAUAUUUGGGCAGUACCUUUUCCCAACAUUAAGCAAUUCUGUUGACAAGGACAUCAUUGUGGCUCUCAUGUACACAGUGGUCACACCUAUGUUGAAUCCCUUUAUCUAUAGCCUUAGGAACAGGGACAUGAAAGAAGCCCUUAGGAAGUUCUUCAGUAGAGCAACAUUUUCUCACAGUAAUAUUUGA